UAUUAAAUUUACGGAGGCAGAAUUUAGGGGCUGGAGAAGAGAAAGAUUAGAAAGAGGAUUGGAGUUGGAGGGAAAACAAGAACACGCCCAGCAAAGGUUUGCAUUGAUCAUAUCAUUACCGGCAGCAAAUUUCUACGGGUUUGCUGCUUCAGAUUUCAAUCUUCCGCCACAUCCAUUUCAUUCAUCAACCCUCUCUCACAAAUUCAACCCUUCUUCUUCUUCUUCUAAUCGCCGUCACCUUCGUCUUCAUCUCCCCGGCCGCAAAACUAGUCUGCGGUCAUUCAGGAGAGAGGAGGUGCCCACGAGAGUUUGGAGAUCAAUUGGUGGCUUCUUUUUGUUUCUUUCUUAAACGAACAGGGUAGCUGUAACUAUGUCGACUUUGAAUUUCCCUCCGGUGCUUCCUUCUCCCAGAGACGAUGCCAUUCUCCUCAAAAAAGCUUUCAAAGGAUUCGGGUGUGAUACCUCGGCAGUUAUAGAUAUUCUGGCUCAUCGAGAUGCAGCACACCGUGCUUAUAUCCAAUAUGAGUACCGGACAAUGUACUCGGAAGACAUAUUCAAGCGCUUGUCGUCGGAGCUUAGUGGCAAGCUGGAGAAUGCAGUUCUUAUGUGGAUGCAAGAUGCUCCAGGAUGUGAUGCUACGAUUGUCAGGCAGGGAUUGAUGUCUGAAACUAGUAAUUUGGAUGCUGUUACUGAAGUGAUCUGUUCCCGUACGCCUUCACAGAUACAGUUAUUUAAACAGCACUACUAUGCAAGGUUUCGUGUGUACCUCGAGCAUGAUAUUGAAACUCAUACUUCUGGAGAUCAUAAAAGGUUGUUGCUUGCUUAUGCAAGUACUCCCCGCUAUGAAGGCUGGGAAGUUGACAAAGAGGUGGCUGCGAAUGAUGCAAAGACUCUAUACAAAGCAGGGGAGAAGAGGUUGGGAACUGAUGAGAAGACAUUCAUCAACAUUUUCAGCUCACGUAGCGCUGCUCAUCUGGUUGCCGUUGAUGCUGCUUACCAGAACUUAUACGGACAUGACUUGAAGAAGGCUGUGAAAAAGGAAACAUCGGGACAUUUCAAGCAAGCACUGUUGACUAUUCUGUUGUGUUCAGAGAAUCCUGCAAAGUACUUUGCAAAGGUGCUGCACAAGGCGAUGAAGGGUCUGGGCACCAAUGACACAGCACUAAUACGGGUAAUCGUGACGAGGACCGAGAUCGAUAUGCAAUACAUAAAAGCCGAGUACCUGAAGAAGUACAAGAAGAAACUUAAUGACGCCGUUCAUUCUGAAACAUCAGGGAGUUACAGGAAGUUCUUGCUUGCACUUCUGGGACCUUCUGGUUAAGGUAUUUGCAGGGACUAGCGGUGAAGAGCGAGUGUUUGUGUGUUUGAACCAGAAACCUAUGUUGUAUUGUGCAUCAUUCCUGUGUGUACUCUGUAAAUUAAUAGGGGGUUGGGAGUUUUUUUGUGCUGUGAUUCAUGGAACUUCUUCAUGGCCCGGUGCCUCUUCUCCGGUGUAUUUCACGCUUCAAACAGUUUUUUGUAUAUACGAGUGAUUGUUAUGCAUCUGCUUAGCUUUUCAGGGUCCAAAAACGCAUUGAUGUUGACGAUUAUUGUCCUUUACUCUUAGUUCUGAACGCUUUGACCAGUUUACGACAAGUGAACUUCCUGUAACUGCAAGCGUGUUAAUGACUUAAUGUACAGAGUUAACUCGAUGACAACAGGUCAAAGAAGAUUCUUUCUUAAGACAGAGAAGGUCUAUAAAUUGCUCUUUUAAUGGCCAAAUCUCUUAAUACCUGCAAUGUUUUAACUCUGCUGACGUUAAAUCCCGAGUGAAAUUACGGCAAAACCGAAAAGAAACAAACGGAUUAUUAAUUCAGUUUGAAGGGUAUUCUUAAUUUGGAAUUGUAAGACUUUUAAGAAGAAGAAAAUAGAAACAUCAUGGAAUUGUUGAACAAGUAUACUUGCCAUUAUUGAUUGCUUCUAAUCCUGUCUCAGGUUGAUUUUCAAUUAGAGAGGCAAAAAUUUGAUGUCUCAGGUUGAUUUCAAUUAGUGAGGCAAGAAUUUGAUGGACAAAUGUAGGGUAAAAAUAAUUCUUUUACGAACAAAGAAGUGGUUUGUGAACGAAUAAUAUUGUAUCUCAUUCGUAUUGAUUUUGAGAUCAUGUAAAUCAAUCUUACAAGUGCCGCACAUGAAUUGAAUUUGAGAUAGAGUAAAGUUCAUAUAUUCUAGAUGGAUUUCUUUUAAUAAGAAUAGACAAUUCUAAUUAAAAUCUUGUAUUUCAUUCAUUUAUAUGUAACGACAAUGCGAACAAAUUAUAUUUUAAUAAAAUCACAUAACUUGU